GCUUGGUGUUGGCUGGGAGUUGUUGCACAUCGUAGGCGCAGACUGGUGCCAUUAGCGCUCCAACACAUUCAUACACAUCUUGAGGCUUCUUGUGCCACGUAUUUCAUGACGUUGGACAGUGUUUGUAAAGCCGUAGAUUGUGCCUUCCAUUCACAAACCGCGAAGCUGCCGUUUUUGCUGGAUGUGUUCCAUUUCUGUAGUGGGAACGAGGUGUCGGAGCGUGUACUAGUGAAAUGCAGCCGCAGUUUGUUAUGAGGUUGUUUUGGUCUGAUAGUGCUGCCGCAGGAUGUAGUGGGUGAAGAGGGGCGGGCAUCUUUGUUCCCGUUCCGUAAUAGCCUGUUGUACCGCCAGCUUAUGUCAUCUGUCGGUGACCAGUACAGAGCUGGCAAGAGCCAGGUUGCAGAUCACAGUUCAUCAGAAACACCAGAUGAUGCAGCAGAGAUGGCACCAAAUAAAGAAAUGGACACUGUUGCUAUGCCAACACAGAGGCCGCUGAAUGGUGCGGCAGCAAGGCAGGAUGAGGUGGUGGUUACAUGGAAUGCAGGCUGCUGGACUGACUGGCAGCUUCCUGUCUUGGUUGUACUAUUUGCUGGUCUUGGAGUUCUAGCUGUGAUAUUUGUGAUUCUGCUAUGGCUGAAAAAUCAAAUGCUGUCAUCAUCAAGGUUGAAAGAUGUAGAGCCUGCUAGUGUGGCCACAAAGUCGUGCACUCCCUCAGGGACAGGAGUAGAAGCUCAGUGGAUCUUUCAUCCUGUGAUGAAACCUCCGUUAGAGUCUGUAGAUUCAUCAGGUGUGCAGCCACAGCAACCUGAACAUGCCACCCUGCCAGAGGUGAUGUCAGCAACUGAAGGAAAGAAAGCUGAACCCAUAAGAAUUAAGGCAAAAGGACUCCUAGAACGACGAGGAUCCAGCGCUAGCUUAACAAUAGACCUGCAUCCAGGAAGUCUGGAAAACCUAGCAACAGUUGUGACACCAACCAGAGAAUGUACAGCCGAAGAGUACUUGUUGUCUGCUGGAAAUGUUCUGAGUCGGGGCCAGUUACGUUCUUGUCUGCGUGAUGCUCGGAUACUUCAUCGGGAGUUCUGGGAUUUGCCAUCUAAUCAUCCUGAGAAAGCAGAAGUUGCUGGCAGUGGUACAAAAAAUCGUUACCGCUCUAUAUUGCCCAAUGAGAGGUCAAGGGUCAGAUUACCGGUUGGUAAAGAGGACCUCUUGGCAGGAUACAUUAAUGCCAACUAUGUCAGAGGCUAUGAUGGAGAAGAAAGAGCAUAUAUUGCAACUCAGGGGCCUCUGCCACAUACCAUAUCUGACUUUUGGACAAUGGUUUGGGCUGAACACCCUCCUGCCAUUGUGAUGAUCACAAAGUUAUUGGAGAAGGGCCGACCGAAAUGUGAAGCCUACUUUCCACAUGGUGAACCAGGAUCAUGUGAAGCUUCAGCAAGCUAUGGGGAUGUAACAGUUACAGUACAGAGUCUGACUCACAGAGACGGCUAUACAAUACGGGAACUGCGAGUUCAGAGGGGCAGUGAGAAAUUUAACCUUGUGCAUUUUUGGUAUGACACAUGGCCCGAUCAUAAGACUCCACCCAGUGCUCGGUCACUUGUAGCAAUGGCUCGUGAAGUGGAAGCAAUUCGUACCAGUACUCAUAGUAUGAUGGAGACUGAAGGAAAUUCAGUGAGCAGGAUGAGCUGUGGAGGCCCUGUGGUGGUUCAUUGUAGUGCUGGCAUUGGCAGAACUGGCUGCUUCAUUGCAGUCUCAGUUGGCAUGUUGCAACUUCUUGAAGAAAAUAAAGUAGACAUACUUGGCAUCAUUUGUCAAAUGAGAUAUGACAGAGGAGGAAUGAUCCAAACAGCAGAACAGUAUGAAUUUGUCCAUCGGGCUCUGUGCCUGUUUGAACGUUCUCUCCCUGACCAAUCGGGUGAGUGAGUAGACUUCUGGAACCUCUUGUUGUAGGCAAGUCACAAGUAUACACACAACCAGCAUUGCUGGUCUGCAAAUGAACCAGCCAGUAAAUCUGAACCCUUAGUUCUGAUCAGUGUGCUGCAUGCACGUUGACCGUUGGAAUGAAAUGAAAGGCUUAUUCAUUGGGGAAGUUGUUUCUAGGCCCCUCUCCUUUCUCUAGAACAGGACCGGCCUACAUCAAGGUCAGUGGUGUAGAUAAUUGUUAAGAUAUAAUAUAGUACAAAGUAACUUGAGUAUAGUCAUAUUGCUGUUGUUCGCUAUGAAAAACAUAGGCCCUUGAUUAUAUUAACAUCUGAAAAAGUGGACUAUUUAAAAACAUGGAGAUUCCAAUUGGAGACCAGUACAAUCACAUGUAAUACAACUGGUAGCAGUAAACACUGAAAAGUGGCCUCAGAUCUUGAAUCAGUCAGUUUCAAGUUGGACGCAGAUUAUUUAUGAUGAAAAUGACCAGCAUUCUUUUUCAAGAAUUGUACUGAGAAUAGUGUGAGUUUUGUUUUGAUUUGAUAGGUCAGUUGCAGUGAAGUCUUAUUUUUAUAUCACAUAUCUGUGUUUCAGUGUUUACUUCUAUCGGCUGCUAGACUCUUGAAUGUUUGUAUGAUAGCAGAACAGAGAUGUAGGAAAAAGCCACGGUUAGGUAUUUGCAGAGAAACUGUACAUGGUUUAUAAUUCGUCUUUUUUUAUUUUAGAGGAUUGAAAAUUAAUUACAGUGUUUUAAACAAAAUUCCAAAAUCAUUUCUGAGUAAGUGUAAAUCGAUUAUCGUCUAUGAUUUUAAUAAGUACCAUCAUAAUUUGCAUAUAAAGGUAACACUGUGUCAUAUUUUAUUACUUAAGACAAUUAUCAAUACAGUUCCACAUGGUAUUAGAAACUAGUUCUUUGUCAUUAUGAUGAAUUUUCAUUUCUUUUUAAAGUUAAUUAUGUGCAGAAGAUUCAAUGCAAGUAUCAUGAAAGAACAUUAAGUUUUCCAUAAACUGCCUGGUCUUAGAUAGUAAAGUUAUGUUUUCUCAGUAAGGUUUAAUGUCUUAAACAGCAUAAUUAAGACAGUACCUUUAAUUCACCUGAAUAACAGGUGUUCCACAGACAAUGUUGCUUCUUGACUUCUGGUUUAAAUUAGGAAUGACAAAAUAGCUGUUUCAUUGAUAUAACUUUAUACAUCGCAUUUAACUCUUUCACUGCAGAGCAUUCAAUAAUUCAAGGUUCAUCAGCAGUCACUUUCCAUCAAGUUUGCAUUAUUGCUAGUUUAAACUUUGCAGCCCUGCAUAUGUAAGUUUUAUGGAGCAAUGUUUUUCUUUGAAGGUUAAGAUGUCUGUUGGCAAUCUGUAGAAGCUUUUGCCAUUUUUAAAUAUGCCUUUUUUUUCAAAAGGUGUUUCAAGAUACGGCUAUAUUUUACAAGUUGUACGAACUUGUAGGUAACAUUAUCAUGUUGUUAAGUGGUCUUCUUCUAGAUGUAAACAGCUUGCAGAAGACAACAUUAGUAAACUCUUAUUUGCAGAUUCUGAAUCUUAAGGUGAAUAUGAGGAUGGUAAGUAGUUUAAAUAAUAAAAUUAAUGUUAAAAAAUUCAAAUUUAUUUGUGCAGCCAAGUAGUUUUGUACUGACAAAAAUUACACAGUGAAGGAGUUAAACACCUGUUUUUAAACCAUGAUCAUGAAAAGUACUUUAUGUUUGUGAGACUAUCUUACACAAGUAUGAAUUAUUUACUGCAAGAACAUUGGAAAGGUUAAGUAGUUUUUAACUCUUGAUUGUGUAUACGUAACUUCCAUGACUACAGAUGAUAGAUGAAUGUUAUGGACAGCUAUUGAAUUAAAUUAAACAUUGUUGUUAGGCAUAACAGAACUAUAAAGAACUACUUAGAAUGUAUUUUAAUUGUGCUUCUGAUUUUCUUAAAACAUGGACAAUUAAGAAUAAGAAUGAAAUUAAAGGAUAAAAUGCAAGGGUUCUUUAUUCUAUUCCUUGUUGAAAGGAACUGAAAAAGAAAUGCUCCAAAUUUGGACUUUAUUAUAAUAGUAACAACAACAUCAAUAAUAAUAAUGGUGAUGACAAAAUUUGUUUUACAGUUUCUGAGAAACUUUGAGUUUUUAUAGUUUUCAAUAAAGCAGAUUUAUGUGUUUUAGUCAGGUGACGGUAAGAUACACAGAAAAUGGUGUGUAAAUACAGUGUUCAUGUAAUAUUUUUGUUGAAUGGUUUCAUCAAAGUUCCUUGAAAUGUUUUUGCUUCAAACACUGUGGUUUGUGAAUGGAAAUGUUAUUGACAGUUCAAGUAUACAGGCUUUGAAAGUAUUGUGAAUAUAUUAUUAUGCAGUUCAUGUCUUGGUUCUAGUUGAUCCUGUAUGGCAGUGUUCUACAUAAAAAGUAGGACUGUGUUUAAUUUAAAUUAAUUGAAGUAGUGUUAUUUAAAUAUAAUAUUUUGUGUGUAAAGUAAAGAAUACAGGGGUCAGUGUUUUUGAAGGUGGUAAUAGGGAUGAGAGUCAAUGAUUAAUUUUUAUACUUAAUUUUUACAAACAUUUUCUGAAUACAAGUGCAUUGAUGUUUGAGAAUCUAAGAUUGAAAUAAUAUCUGAUCUUUAUAUGGAAACUUUCUGUAUAUUAAUUUAAAUUAUUAAUUUUUCUUUUAAUAUUCCAGUUACAAAAAAUUAGUCUCUCUGUAUUCUCAAAUGCAAAUUCAUAAAAAUUAAUAUUGUUUUAGACACUGUUCACAAGUCCUAUGAAAAAUAAACAAGUAACUGAUCAGAUUGGUCUUGGUACAUAUUUAUUUCCAAAAACUGUUGGUGUGCAUAUAACAAUUGAAAGCAUAAGAAAAUUGUCUAUGUCAGCACUCUUAGCUGUUUGGUGCCACAGUUACAUCAAACAUUAUAUAAUUGUAAAUGGCACCAACACUCCUUGUUGCUUUAGUACAGCCCUGGUGGUGACCUUAAUGAGAUAUCUGCUGUUGCACAUUUUCAGAAAGUUUCAGUUUAUUGUAUCUAUGUCAUUGUUUUAAAACCACAUAACUAGCAUUCACUUUGUAUGUGAGAUGGUGUCUUAAUUAUGAUUUUAUGUAUUUCAUAAAUUGAAAUAAUUAGUAUUCAGGAUCAAAACAUAAAGUAACAGUAAAAAUGUAUCUUCCAUGAAAGAUUAUGGCUUAGUGAACUAUUGAAUAUUUAAGUGGAUCCAGGUGUUAAUAUAGACAUAACUUUUAAUGACAUACCUGGCAAGAUCUCAGCUGGUGCCAAAUUUUGCACUAGUGCCAACGAUUUGCCAUCCCCUAUCCUUGUUUCAUGUGCUGGAUCUGAGACACAAGAAUGUGUAAGUUAUGACACAUUUAAAGAGGCUAUGAUUAUUAAAGACAUACAAACCCUGUAUAAAAUUACUUGUCAAUUCCUUGUAGUUCUGGAUUAAAUAGAUGGUCUAUAGCUAA